AAAUAUUGAAAACAUCUCGAUAUUGUUGUAUAGUCGUUUGGCACCAAUCUGUCAUAGUCCAUGGCGAUCUGUCAAAUUACCAAACGAACCGUCUGCAAGGUUUGACGGCCCACAGCUGACAACAAAACAUACAAUGGUUGCAAUUCGGCAAAGCAAAACCAUUCUGAACCGAAUAUUUUGUAUCAACGGUAUUAAGUGUCGUUACAGUACCGCAAAUGCUGAAAAAUUCAAAGAGUUCAUAGAACAACGCAGAAUGGAAGCACAUGCAAUAGCCCGGCCAAAUCCGGUGGUGAAGAAAAUCGACACUCCUGAAUUUCACUCGAUUUUCACACAGGAAUUAAAUGAUCUGAUAGCAUUGUUUAACCGGUACAACUUCGAAAUACGUGUAGCGGGUGGAGCUGUGCGGGAUAUCCUGAUGAACAUGAACCCUAAGGACGUUGAUAUUGCAACCACGGCAACGCCCACAGAGAUGAAAGAGAUGUUCAUAAAAGAAAACAUUCGGAUGGUUAACAUGAACGGUGAAAAGCAUGGCACCAUCACCCCAAGAAUAAAUGACAGAGAAAACUUUGAAAUAACAACUUUACGGAUCGAUGCGGUCACCGAUGGACGGCAUGCAGAGGUCAUUCACACUACCGACUGGCUGCUGGAUGCAAACAGGAGAGAUUUGACCAUCAAUUCCAUGUUUCUUGGUUUCGACGGUACGUUGUACGAUUAUUUCUAUGGCUAUGAAGACUUGCAAAAGCGCCGUGUAGCAUUCGUAGGUGAUCCUGAUAUGCGUAUCAAGGAAGAUUAUCUACGCAUUUUACGCUACUUCCGAUUCUACGGGCGUAUUGCGGAGGAAUCGAAUCGUCACGAUGAAGAAACGUUGCGCAUCAUAACGAAGAAUGCGUCCGGGCUUGCGAAAAUAAGCGGAGAGCGUAUUUGGCAGGAGUGGAAAAAGACAUUGAGCGGGAAUUUUGGCAUCGAGCUGACCGAAGCAAUGAUCAACUGUCAGCUUGCUUCUUAUAUGGGCCUUCCGGAUUCACCUAACGUGGAAGAGUUUGUGCGCGUUUCAAAAAAGGUUCGCGCAUUUGAUCCCAAGCUGCAACCUAUCACGGUUCUAUCCGCACUCUUAAACACACCGGAAGAUGCGGUGAACCUAAAUCUGAGGCUUAAGUUUACUGUCUAUGAAAGAGAGCUAUGUUAUUUUUUGACACAAAAUCGCGAAGAAACGGCAACAAUCGAAGAAUUACUGCCAUUUCAACAUCUUUGUCUACAAACGAUUAGCAGCGUGAAGCUAAAGAAAGAAUAUGUUCUCGAACUACUUAAAUAUCAUGGUAAGCGUGAACUUUAUCAACAACUGCUCGAUUGGCCCAUCCCUCAAUUCCCGGUCAAAGGUAAUGUGCUUAUCGCAAACGGAGCGCCAAAAGGGCCAAAGUUGGGUUUUGUGAUGGAUAAACUAAAAAUCAUCUGGUCUAAUAAUCAGUACAAUAUGUCCCAGGAGGAAUUGCUGCAGCAUCUACCGACUGUGCUGGAGGAAGUUAAAGGGAAAAAGAAAUAAAA